AUGUCUUCCGAAGAAACAUUACUUCCGAGAAACAUUACUCUUGUUUGGGCUGUGAAAAAGUCAGAUGAGCUUUCUCUUCUUUCCACAAUUAACACGAACUCACUUGUUCCUUUACCUUUUGAUGUGCUUCAUCUCGAGAUACUUAUUUAUGUCACUCGAGAACAAGAAUCUCCAAUGGAAAUCGGAGCAUUGUACGAGACUGUGAGAUCUGCCUCUUCUAUCUCUUCUUUCUCCAGUGGGAAUGCCAUAUCUGCUCUAGUUAGCACAGGGAAUAAAACAUGGUUUGGAGCUUAUGUGAUAUCCUCAACAGUUGGCUUGGUCCUGUUAACGACUUUACUAAAUGUCUUUUAUAUAACCCCAUUUAAUAUAACUAAUUGGUGGCAUCAAGGAUUGCUUCUUCUAGCCUGCAUGGUUGGCGGUGUUGUAAUCUUUGGUGGUGCUGUGGUUGCUUUAUGGCAUAUCUGGGAGAAGAGAAACUUAGUAAAGAUCAAUGGCGGACAGGGAAAUGAACACACAGUAAACGAGGAUUCAUUUUUGGCGAAAAUCUUGCCGCUCAACUACGGUUCAGUAUGGAUCAAGACCAGACUUUAA